GGCGUCACCUACAACACGACCGUCAACGGGCACUCGAAGGUUGACCCGAACGUCCCCGUCACGUUCCACGGCGGCGUCGGCUUCGACUACCGCAACUUCAGCGUCGUGGCGCACACGAAGGACUCGCUCACGCUGCACUACUUCUCGCCCGACGGCGAGUCGGGCUUCCCAGGCGAUGUGGAUUUCUAUGUGAAGCAUACGGUGAGGAAGCCGGCAGUGUGGGAGGCGCAGAUGUCUGCCAAGUUCUCCAAGCGCACGCCUUUCAUGCCCACCACGCACCUCUAUGUCCAGCUGAACGCGUACAACGCGUCCGAGCCAGGCUCGCUCAACCACACCAUCUUCAUCAACAGCACCAAGUACCAAGCCACCGACGACAACUUCUUCAGCACCGCCGAGAUUGUGCCCAUCGCGAAGGGCGCGCCCGAAGACUUCAGCACGCCGAAGCAGCUCGGAAAAGGAUUCGAUGUGGACCAGUGCGGGGUGAACUGCACGGGGUAUGAUACGUACUUUGUGUACGAACCGUAUAAGCCGAAGCAGACGGUUGCGAGUGCAUGGAGCGAUGCUUCUGGAAUUCGGUGA